GUAAUUUCGCCAUUAGCAUAAAGUUUGGAAAUAAGGUAAGAGCACAGGGCUUGGCCUUGGUAAAAUAUCAUUCUGGCAGCUCUAUGGGCUAGAACUUGUAGACUUUGGAAGGGUCCUAGAAGGUUUUAAGGCAUUCAAAAUUCCUAUAAACGCUAAAUCUUACUAUAAUGUUCGAAGCCAUAAGAAACUCUUUACUUAAAGCAGCCAGACUGGGAUUUAAUAGAUUAUAUAAUUAUAGCUGAACAUGAAUCGGAAACCUUUGACAAAAAUAACAAAACAAAAGAUCAAAUACGGAACAGAUAUGGCUGAUGUCUGUACUAUUAAGAACAGGACUCCUAUACAGAAGAGGGUUCAAUACCCUUCUGCUCGAUCCCGGAAUUAUCUGGAUACAAAACCACAGGAUGCUGUUUCUAAUAAUCUAAACAUCACUAUUGAUGUUGGAGGUACGAAUUCAACUUUUAUUCCGAGCUACAAAGAAAAAUCAAACAGAUUCUACAAACCGGAUUUAACAUCAAUAAGGGAGAACAGAAAACUCUCUAGUGUAAUGAAAAAGAACAAUCGAAUUUCGACUGGAUCUCCAAAUAUUCCGUUUGGAUCUAAAGUUAAAGACAAGUAUCCCUUCCAGUCAAAUAUUGACACCAACAGUUCAUUAGCGAAUAAUUUCAUGGUUAAGAGAAAAUAAGAAGCGUAUCCCCAAGAAUACUAGCAAAGAAAUGUGCAAAAUCAUUAAAAGUUUUAAAGCAAGCAACACAGUUUUGAAUUAUGCUCAGGAAUAUCAGAUCCAGAACAAUAUUAAUUUGUCAAGGAAAAUUCGGAUGUAUAACAGCAAUGAACCUAGAGAAAAUUACCGUAAGCCCUGUUCUAAAAGAUCGAACACCAGGAUAAUUCCUUCCACUAGUCGAGAGUCGAUGUCGAUUAGUCCGAAGAUAUACAAACCAAUUGAAAAUACUCAAAGAGUGUCUCCUCCAGGACUUCAGAAUAGUUUGCCUAGGACUCCUCUGAAACUCAGGCCUAAUGGUGUACAGUUGGUAAAGAAGGAAGAGGUACUUCAUUUAAAAGAUCAAAUACGAUCUGCUUUGACUACUCUUGGCCCAAAUUUUAUGAAAGAUCUGCACCAAAGAGACUACAUAUCCCUCCCCGAACUUAUCGAUAGCUUCAGAGAUAACUUGCUACUCGCCAAGAAAGAUGCAACUGACUUUGCUAAAUAUCUAGCAGAACAAGAAUGUGCUACCUCUUGGCUUGCGAACCCUCUUUCUAAAAAUAUCUGCAUGGCUACAAUUGAUAACAAGAUUAAGGAAUUUGCUGAAGAUUAUGAGAAGAUAGACUACAACCUUGAGCAAUUUAUUGAAGAAUACAAACAUUUCAGAGAUGAAAAGAGAAAAGAAAACAUUCUUCAAAGUCUCAAGAAACUGGGGGAGAGGCAGUACAUUACUCCAAUGAAUCUGACCAGAGCCUUUAUUGAUGCAGGAUAUCUCACUGAUCUUGAUAAGUUCAUUAUUAUUUUGCUCCGGAAGAGCUCCUCAUUGCACCAAAUUGACAGUAAGGUCUUGAAUGAAGAGAUCACUGAGCAAAUUAGCAAGAUCAAGCCAAAUUUUAUGAGGAGAAUCACUUCUCCAAAGAAGAUGACAUUUAAAGGGGCUGCAUCCAAGAAGAUUUCUAAGAAAAUAAAUAUUGUGGAUAAAGUUGCAACCAAAAUUGCUCUUAAGCAGCUCAGAAAAUCUCAAUGAACCAACCCUCAGCAAAGCAAAUAAAGAAUCAUCCAUUGAUGAAGGAGAAAGAACAAAGACAGAGGUUCUCUUUACAAUUUCCGACACUCUUUUUGGCAUGAAAAAGACUCUUUCUGAAGUAUGUAAAGGGUACAUUUACGAUAGAGUAAUAGAUGGAGUAGAGUAUCAGCUAAUUAAGAGACAAAGCUUGAUAAAUGCCUUCAAAAAUAUACGCAUAAAUUUCACAACUCCUGAGUUAUGUGAACUUAAGAGCACCUUAAAUCCUAUUUUCAGAGAUUACUGCGACUUGGGAGCCUUCAUUGAUGUCUUAUCAACAUUAGGAAUCAAGGAAGAUAUCCCUGUAGGCAACAAAUAUAUGGACUAUCAUACACUCGAGCCUACUGCAAUAAGAAUAUUUAACUUAAUCAAUGAAUAUAUGGAGAAAAACAUGAUUGGAAUCCCCAAAGAAAUUUUUCCUCCUAAAAUGAUUUCUGUGGUAAACUGUGUCUCAAAAAAUAAGAAGGAAGAUCUAGAAGUAAUUGAUUUUAUAAAGGUUAGAAAUUUCUUAAGAGAAAAAGAAAUUAUUCGAUACGGAGAAGAUCUGGAUGAAAAUUUCAAAAAUUUCCUAGAAAUGGACCCUCACCAUGAGGAUUUAAUGAUGAUGAGAAAAUUUAGCAAAGCUUUAAUACAAAUAAGGAAUUCAAAGUACUUUCGAACCUUUGGGACUCAGAAACGAAUUGACUUUAAUAUUACAGAAGAGAAAGAUGUUCAGAGAGAAAAGAGUCAAAAUCUAAUAGGGUUUAUCUCAAAAUGUGCUGAAGAAGUUAACCUUAAAGAUAGAAUUGAUAGAAUGAUGGAGUGCUAUAGAAUUCCCAGCUCAAACACAUUCAAUCCUACUAAUCCUGAUGAAAAUUUGAUUAAUAAUAAGUCUUUUAAUACUCAAAAGACUAUCGAGAUGAGUACUAAAGAAGAGAUAGUUCCCGAAAAUUACAAAAAGCAAAACACAAUGCAAAAAUAUCUCAAGCAGGAAGAUAGCCUCUACACAAGCUUAAAUUCCAUAUCGGGAAGCGAGGAUCUAUCUCUCUGUAAUAGCAAGUCAGAUGUGAGCAUGAAAAGAAGGAGGUUUGGGAUCUAUGUCACAGGAGCCAAGACGAAGCCAUUAAAUUAGGAUAGAGUAUAAUUUCAAUCUU